CAAGCCCAUCGGGAAAACCAGUAACACGCCGCGUUCUUGUUUUUUCUAACUAAAUUAAACAAUUAUGUACAAUCAACUCGUUCUAAUAUAUAAAUCUUUAAAUAUCUAAAAUUGGGCAUUACUGAUAUCCAUUCAAUAGCAUCUACUUUAGCUACAUGUAUAUAUUUGUAUUCUUAUUAUUUGAAAAGUCAACAAGUUUGGCCCUCGGUAAUUGCCGUAUGUCUACGCUCUGCCGAACCCGUACAAGAGGCACGAUGGAGGCCUUGAAGGUGCGCCUUGACUUCCAGAGCCCCAUCAUUCAAGCCCAGGCGGUGAGAAGGCUCGUUGCUGCCGUGCUGAAAGAGAAAGGUCCGAAUGGACAAAUCAGCCUGUCUUGCACCCAGGGCUCGGCGCUGGAGACGCUAUGGGAGCGCUGCUGCGGCGAGCGCGCCGCCGUGCGCUCGGCCUGCUGCCACGCCGUCGUGCUUCUGGUGGAGCAAGGCCACGCCGACCUACGCCACGUCCUCAACGGCGUCCUCAACCUGCUGCCUUCCGCACGGAACGCUCAGGGCUUGGUGAAAGUCGUGGCCGAGCUGCUACGGAUCCAGACGGAGCGCCGAGACCCGGACGUGAGCUUCGGAUGUCCUUACGGGAUCAGGAGUGAUCCUCACCCAUUCAUUACAGCUUUGGAGAACCGCCCGGACUGCUGGACCGCCAUUCUCGCCGAGGUCCAUGACUUUGUCCAGCAGGCUGUUGACAGAAACGAGCCCGCCUACGUGGCCAUGCUGGUCCCCUUUCUACGCUACCUCUACUGCCAACCCGAGAGGCGGACCGAGCACGGCUUCCUUCGCCAGGGUCUUCUGCGGACACUCCUCCCCGCAGGUGGGCUCGGCACGCGGGACGAGAGUUCGCCGCCGUCCGACAGCCUUCUCCGGUGCUUCUGCCGGCUGGUGCCGCACAUGCCGGUGGACGAUGUGGAGGCGGCGCUGGAGCUGCAGUGGCUGAUCAGCGCUUUGCUUCCCGCCUUGUCGGAGAAGCGCGAAGACGCCUGGACGAGCCAGAGAGUGCGUCUCCUGCUCCAGUUGCUCUGCGCGUGUCAGAGCUGCCUCAGCUUCGGCGGGGACUGUCGACCGCUCGUGGGCUUGAUGACGGAGAUCAUCCCGACGUGUCGACAGAAGCUGCCUUUGGAUGAGAUGCUCAUGGCUGUUGCUUUGCUCCUGCUUGAGGCCCCCGCAGCGCAACAGAGCAGCCUGCUCAGUCUUGCACUAACUUUAGCUCCCGAGCACACCACCGAGCCCUCCCACUGGUUGAGUCCGGUCCUGGUUCUCCCCGUGCUGCAGCUCCUGUCCUGCUCAGAUGUCACCGAGGCGCUCGCAGAGCGCCACACGCACAAGCUCAACCAGAAGCUGGCUCAGAGCGUGUUACGCAGCGUCACCAGGGAAACCGCUCAACUCCAACAGUCUCCUCUACCGGAGAAGCUUCUUCUCACCCCCUGGUUCAGCGAGCUGAGAGCGGCCGUGUCCACGCUCCGCCGAGCGGUGGAGAACCCUUCGGCAGCCGUCGAUUGGCUCCUUUCGCUCACCUCGGCUCUGUCGUCAAGCCAGCAGCACCUGCCCAGCUCCCUCGCUCUCACGGUCGCCCACCUUCUCCUCCUCACGGGCCAGGACCAGGUCUGCCGCUUGGCUUUGGAUGCCGUACGGGCCGUCGCAGCCGCUGACCCCCGCCAGGUGCCAUCCCUUCUUCCCGUGCUGCUGUUCAAGCUGGGCAAAGAAAAGGAUCCGAGCGUGACGCGGGCUCUGCUCGAGUGCCUGCCGAACCUCGGCACCCACAAGCUCUGCGUCCCCACGGUGCUGCAGACCCUCGGCCUGCUCGCCAGCAACCUCAAACUCAAAGCAGCCGCCAUGCGGCUCAUGACGACGCUUUGGAAGAAGCAGGACCGCGUCUACCCCGAGCUUCAGCGUCUGCUGGCUCAGCCGGACAACAGGGUGGUGAUGGGGAGGGAAACCCAGUGGGAGCAAGUGUUGGCCCGAGCCGCCUGUCUUCGAGACAUCUGCCGAGAAAGGCCUUACCAGCACGGAAGUGACAUGUUGGCCGCCAUCGCGUUGACUCUGAAGCAGUGCAGCAGAGCCGACCAGGUGACCCCUGCCGUGCUGGCCCUGCAGGGACUGCAGGAGCUGUGCCGUGCUGAGGUAGUGGACAUCGUGUCUACAUGGAGAACUCUUGGACCGGACCUGAGAUGCGACUCUCGUCCACUGAUGGUCAAGGCGGUUUCUCAGCUUCUGGCUCUGGUUCCCCAACUCGCCGUCAAAUCUGAAGAAUAUGAGAAACUAAAGGAUGAAGCGGUCAGCUUUCUCUGGCAUUAUGCUGUCAACAAGGAUCCAGAUGUAGCCAGCUGUGGUUUCCGGGCCUUGGCUGACUUCCCCGAAGCGAGUCACACCAUCAAUCAUCUCCCCGAGGCAGCCAGGCCCGUAGCGCCGCCGCCGCCUGAGCAGAAAGACGAGGACGAGGAGCAAGCGGGGAAGGACGAAGAGGGAGACCUCUCAGUCACGGGCUCGUCAUAUGUCAAGUUGCUGACUCUCACCCCCUCGCCUGCUUUACCAGCCUUGGAGCAUUUCCUGACAUCGCUGGUCAAGCAAGAGAUGAGCCAGAUGCCGAGGGGCGUGUAUUUUUCCGCCCUGCGGGGAGGCAGUUCGCGUUCGGACCAGGGCAAAACCCUGGCGGGGAUCCCGGCCUUCAUGCUCAAGUCCUACGAGAAGAACAAGCAGCCGGGCCUCAAGGCAGGACUGGCGGCCGGCCUGCUGCUUUGCCACGAGCUUCCGCAGCAGACGGAUCGGGAGGGCCGACCCAUCGUGCGCUUCCUCCUCAGCCGCAGCCGAAGCUACCAGCAAACCAUGAGCGCCCUCAUUCACGAAGUGAACAUUCAGCCGUCCGAAUGGCACCGCUCGCUGCUCCUCCCUCAGGCGUGGCGCACUUUCAUGAACGGCACCUUCCACGCAGUCCUCGAGGGCCGACGCGCCGAUCUGGAAAUGCAACGGCGCAAAAGCGACCAAGAGGACCGAGAAGAACUGCGCUACAAGCAACACUGCGCCUGGCUGUGGACCAGAGACCACCUGACGGAUUCAAUCCGAGCCGCGACCAAGGACAGUCCCGUUGUUCAGGGAAAUUCCGUACUGGCUCUGAGCGCGCUGGCUGCCGUGCUGGCUAAAUACGAGCGCAACCUGCCCGCCGACAGCGACUCCGGCCUCACGGCUGGACCCGAGUUUGUGCCCACCAGCAGCUGGUUGGCAAGGCUGCUCGACACCCUGCUCAGCAUCAUCAGCAGUAGCUACAAGGCCAGCGGGCAAGUCUUUCCGUGGUACCUGCAUCGCUCUUAUUCGGGCGAGAACACGGCGAGUGGCAUCGCUCGCUCCUGCGCCAGCUUAGCGCUGUCCCUGCUGGUGCCGGUGCUGGUUUGGUGGCAUCAAGACAGUCUGAGGCAGGUGUUGUCGGCGCUGCGGGCCGGCCUGCCCGAGUCGCCCGCCGAAGACGACUCCCAGGCCGUUCGCUUCCACUCCGGCCUGGCCCUCGGCAUGGUGCUGUCCGGCUUGCAUCAGCAGCGCCUCGGCGACGUCACUCCUCAGAAGGACGCCGAGCUCCUCCUCGACGCUCUCUCGGCGCUGGAAGCUUGCGCUUUCGACACCCGGGCGGAAUACAAUACGGGCUGCGUGUUGGGUCUGGCGCUGGUGCUUUCUGCGCUCUGCAACGGUGGGCAGACCCAGCAGCACGGCCGGGUCACUCAAACGCUGGACAAGCUGCUGAGUGCCCUGCAGGACAGCGGCGGACAGGACAGGCGCAUGAUGCAAGAGGUUUUGGCCUACUCGGUGGCGUGCGUCAGCGUCUCGGCCUUCAGCGUCAGCCUCGUCGAUGCCGCCAAGGCAGACCAGGCCGUGGCGACUCUGCGCACCUUGACCGAGGAGAGUCAGCAGACUCCCGGCUUCUCCAUGGCACUGGGCCUGGCGGUCCACGGCCUGUCCCUGUGCGGCCACGGCAAAGCCGAGGACCUCCAACCUCGACUCCUGGCUGCCUGGGUUAAGAUUUUACUGGCAGAGGGUUGUCCCACCAUGCAGCGGCUGGCUGCCGUUAACGGACUGGUGGCUUUGGUGGGAUCGGAGAGUUACCUCAUUCAGCUCAAGAGCGAACUGGAGCCUUCGUCCAAUCAGCAGAGCCGACUCAACGAGGUCAUCCGGGCCGUUUCGCAGAUUGUGUCCUUCUCAGGAGCCAUCGGCUUGCAGUCCAACUGCGCCUGCCUGCUGGGCCACUUGCAUUUGUCGCACAUGUUCAGCAGUCACAGUCACGUGGCAGUGCCUCAGGAUUUUAGUUACCUGACGGAGAAAAGCGUCAUCAGGGCCGUGGUGGACUUGCUCACAGAGGCGGGAAAGAAAGGUCCUGAGUUUGCCCACCCGAGUGUGGUCCAAACCGCCCUGACGCCUCUGGCCUCAGUCGGAACGGGGGUCCAGUACCCGCCCGUCAACUGGAGCGCCAUCUUGUCCCCUCUGAUGAGACUCAGCUUUGGUGAGGAGGUUCAGCAUCAAUGUGUGGCCUUGGCUGCAGCUCAAGCUCAGUUUUCCCAGAGUGCUUCGCUCUUCCUGGGCUCCUGGCUCAGCUCGCCUCUUGUGUACAGUCUGGGUUUCCAGACGAGGGCCCUUCUGUGCGAGAAGCUCUCCUGGUGGAUGAAGCACGUCCCAGAGGACAAACUCCAGUUCUUCGUGGAGGCUCCGGGCCUGCAGAGCUUCUGGGAAGACCCGGAAGCGCAGCGUCUCUCCCUGCGUGGCUCUCUGCUGAGGGGUCUCGCCGAGGCCAUGGCCGCGCCCAACCCGCCCGCCGCCUGCUGGACUCUUCUCUCCUCUGCCACCGAGAAGAUCUUCAGCCUGCUGCCCGACCAGAUAAAGGACGGUGAGGUGGAUUUUUAUGUGGGCGUCGCCCAAUGUUUGUCCGAGAUGUCUGAUACGGAGAUCGACCGCAUCGCGGGUGUGGCACAGAUGGAAAAAAGCUGCUUCGUCUUGGCUUACCUGGCAUCCCGCGGGAGGAUUCCGCUGCUGGCUCUGAACGACGUCAUCGCCGGCGUGCUCCGCGGUCGGCCCAGCCACCGGGUGGGCUGGAUCCUCCUGCAGACGUUCUAUCAGUGUCGCCUGGCCGCCGGCAUCAAUACAGGCGUUUCCAAGCGCAUGGAGUGGCUGCUGGAGUUGAUGGGACUCAUCCGGAACAUCGCCUACGGUUCCGCCACUGUCGCAUGCGCGAACAUCAAACUGGCCACAGACUUCCUGUUCCAAGUCUUUGCCGCCGCCGUCGUUUCCUGGGGCGACCACUCGGUGCCCCUGCUGUUGGGGAUCCGGGCGCGCUGGUUCCCCUGGAGCCCGGCCUCCAAGCCCGCCGCCCUGACGCACGGCCUUUACGGCGCCGAGUCGCUGACGGAGGACGCCCUGCCGCGUUGCCUGCUGGCGCUGCCCCGCAGCUUACCCCCGCUUCUCCACAAGGAACCCUGGAACUGCCGCUCUCAUAAGUUCGUAGAGUGGCUUCUCGGCAUGGUGGAGGGACCGGAACAAAGUCUGUCUGCGACGACAAUCCACGCGGCUCGAGCGGCUCUGUUGGCCUUGCGCUGCUCCCCCGAGUUCAAGAAGAAGUCGGUGUGGACCAGAGCGUACGGAUGGUAAUCUACGGCAAGCCAUUUGAGCAUUUUUUUCCCCCACGUCUUUAAUAGUGCUUGGACCUCAAAAUGGAUCCCAAGGAAAUGGAAUCAAUGCUCAAGUGACAAGGCAGCUUGAGAUCCAGAAGCCAGGAGCACGUGCUGUUUUAUUUUUUUCCGAGUCACUUCCUUUUCAUCUUCUUGGCCCACCUCUCCAGCUGAUGCCGCCUCUCCUUCAGCGACUGCCACACUGUGAGCGAAGCUCCUGAGGACACAAAUUGCCUCGAAUGACUCCCUCCCGCCUUUCACGGCCACGAAAGCGACGUCUUACCCAACGCGAGGAGCGGCAGCGAGACCACCAGGACAAGCGGCCGAUGGACGGGCGCCGCCGCCGUUGCGUUCCCCGCCAACAACGAUUCCUGCUCCAUGUAACGCAUCACCUGGUAAAUCGUCACCCCUGUUGGGCAAAAAAAAAAUGGUGUGAGGUUUCCACACCCGUCAGGCUGCUCCAAACUAAAAUGUGUGAAUUCUUGCAUGAUUUGAAUUUUUGAAUUUAAUUUUUUCUUUAAAAAAUAAAUAAAUAAAAAGUAAUUAAUUACAAAAUUGA